UUGGGGCUCCUGGCCUCUCCCUGGGUGCUUAUCAACAUGCUGCAUUUAAAAUUGUUUGCUAAGGUGUCUGGUUCUACUUUCCACCAUGACUGCGUGCAAGCGAGCUGCUUUCUACCUUUUGCUUCUUCUCACUCUGGGCCAGGCUCCGCACUGUGUGACAGCAGGAAAGAUCCUCGUCUGGCCAGGAGAAUUCAGCCACUGGUUUCAUUUCAAAGUCAUCAUAGAAGAGCUGAUCGCAAGAGGACACAAUGUGACUAUAGUUACUUACAGUGCUACACCAUCAGUGAAGACAACUCCGUCCUCAGGCUACAAUGUGGACAUUAUCCAGGUGCCCCACACCAAGCAGGACGUCAUUGACCGAAUGGAUAGAUUUGUAAAGUACUGGACAUAUGACCUGGCAAAUGACAACAUAAUCCAGGCUACUCUGAAGAUGAAGGAGCUCAUCGACUUGAUGUCCCAGCAGAAUGAUGUUUUUUGCCGGAAUCUCUUUGCUCGUGAAGAUCUAAUGGAGAAGUGGAAUAAGGAAGAAUUUGAGGUCCUUCUAACUGACCCCAUGACUUUCUGUGGGGAACUGCUGGCCCAGAAACUGAACCUGCCAUUUAUCAUCAGUCUGAGAUUCUCUUUUGGAAGUGCCAUGGAGAGACUCUGUGGACAGCUGCCAGCACCACCCUCCUACGUGCCGGGGGCUGCCCUCGGGUACACAGAUCAAAUGGGUUUCCCUCAGAGACUGGAAAACUUCUUGUUUUAUCGUUUUCAAGAUUUAGUGUUCAGUCUUGUGACCAGAAUAUGGGAUCACCUGUUUACUGAAAUGAGGGGUAAAUGAUGAUUUCCUUUUUUAAGUUUUCCUAAGCAUGCACAUUCUCUUUCUGUUUUGAAAGUUUUCAAUUACAGGUUCGGAAAAUAAUGUAGAUGAAAACAAACCAGAAAUGAAUCUCUCAGUCUAGUUCUCCUGAUCCUCAACAUACGACCUUGCGUACCCUAUAAAUCAGGGUGCUAAUUUUGUCAAGUUCUGAGGCGCCUUUACCACAGUCAGCCUGCGAUAAUCACCUUUAUAGGCAUACAAGAUCAUAGUCACACAUGUUCUUCAUUUUUUUUUUUCUUUUUAAAUUGAGGUCUCUAGCCUUUCACCUGACUGCAAGCUCAUACAUCAGGGUUUAUGGAGCUGAAAAGUACGUAUGUAAAACAAAGAUGCCCCCUGCUCUGUGUUGUUUGCCCCCAUACACUACCAGUGAGCAGUGUAGUCAGAGGUCAGAGUGAGUUUGUCAGUUGCAUGCAGGCUAAAGGUAGAGAUAGUGACAAGCGUUUAGGUCAUUGUGCACAAUUUUAUCCUGAUAUUUUAAGUUAAAUUAAUUUAAGUUAAAAGUAAAAUAAAUGAAAAUCUAGUCAAAUAAACCAAAAGUUAAAGUGAGAGUGUGUUGCUA